AUGCCGGCGAGGCCGAAUCGCCGUCGUGCCAAAGCCCAGCACCGGCUGGGCUGGGGGGGCCACGGGGAGCGCCGGGGGGUCCCCGCCUGCGGGUUGAUGGCAGCCAAAUCCGGCCGGACUGGAAAGGUGAGGCAGGAAAAGGGCAACGCCUUCGCCUGGGCGAGACUCAGAGCCGCACAUGGUGCCGGCGGCCGCUUGCCCCGGCACAGCAGGCGCAGCCCCCCGGCACGGCCGCCGCGGACGCCCGGAGGCUCCGACAGCGUGGCGGCUGGAUCCCGGCCCGGCAAGGGAAUUGCAGAGUCGGUGGCUGGUUGUUCCCUGCCUUCGCUAGCUUCGUCGCCUUCCCCACGUGAAGAAGAGCUGACCACCCCUCUCCUGAAGAAGGCUCACACCCCACCUCUCCAUGAGGACGCCAACACCGUGGUCAUCGCAGUGGUCAUCACCCUGGUCUUCCUCACCCUGCUGACGGUCCUGGUGGUGAUCAUCAUCUACCUGUACAGAAACAAAGGCAGCUACCUCACCUACGAGCAGCCGGCGGCAGAGGCCGACGUGUCGGUGCAGAUGGAGGACGCUCCAUCCAAAGAGAAAGAAGAGUAUUUUAUCUAA